CGGCGCCCAUUGGCUCGGCGGCUCCAUAUGGGGCUCGGCGCGGCCCCAUAAAGGCUCCCGUCCACUCGCCCACCCUCGCCUCGCCAUGCGCUCGCCGCCGYCCGCCCUGCCCUGGCUCCUGGCCGCCUGCUGCCUCUGCGCCCUCCCGCGGGGCUCAGGGUUCCCGCAGCCUUUCUCGCGCUACCGGGAUGGUGUGGAGCUGCCCCAAAACCAGCAACUGGCGCUGUGUUUCAGUCAGUGGAUGGAAAUGUCUGAUCAACCCCAGAUCUCCAGCACUGUUUUGGAUCUCUGUUAUUCCAUAUUCAACAGCAUGCAUAAAAAUGAGGAAUCACAGAUUGCUUCUGCAAAGUUUACAAAGAAGGACAGUCAAGGAACUCUGGGACGGCCUUUCUUCCUUUUCAGGCCUCGAAAUGGAAGAACUAUUGAAGGCAGUGAAUAUCGUGGAAUAUGAAGUUCAUGGAUUGAUUUACCAGCUUGAUGACUUGGUUUACACAAAGGAAAGAGACUUCCCA